CAAUUAUGGCAAGCAGUGGCAUAACAUAUGGCAGCCUCUCUGAUAAUGAUAAUGAUCCUCUUACGCUUCCGAUAACAGCUACUGAGGAAGAACAGCCACUGCAGAGGAAGCAUUGGCAAUUGCGGUUGGGCGAAACACUGGAAAAUGAGAAAUUUCAUAUGACGAUUUUAUUCCUUAUCUUGGUGGACGCAUGUUGCGUGCUUAUACAAAUUCUAUAUACCUUUUUCCACGAAUGUCAGUUACCCUUAUCCUACAACAAUUCUGAUGAUACUAGCCUAUUCAUGAUGAUGAAUAGCAACCAAAGAGAUGGUUUUGACGCUAGUGAUGUCAACUAUUUGUUGAUGGCGUUUGAGAUCGCAGAGGCGAUUAGUUAUAUUAUAUGUUUUGUUUUCGUCAUUGAAUGUGUAUUAUCAUUGGUAGCUUUUGGGCCAAGAUUUUAUCUCCCUGGGUUUCCUCAUUGGAAACUGCACUUAUUUGAUGCCUUAGUGAUUGGUACCACGUUUGUACUAGAAGUUGGACUUCGAGGAAAAGAGAGAGAAGUAGCUGGCCUCUUGAUUAUUUUCCGUUUUUGGAGAAUUGUCAAAAUCAUCGAAGCUGCUGUGAUGAGCGUAAGCUAUGCUCAUCAAGAAGAACUAGAAAAACUAAAAACUGACUAUACAACAUUAGAAGCAGCCUAUAAAGCUGAGCAAGCAAGGAAUAACGAAUUAUUACAACUGAACAAGAAUAGUAGGUAUUAACAGUGGAUAAAUAAAAGGCAAAGAGCUUCAAUCGAAGCAAAUCAAUGCAAAGAAUGAAAAGAUGUUAUAUAGAGUUGGGUUUGUAUAUGUACAAAAAAAAGAAAGAGGAAACAACAGAGCAACAGAUUAGAUUGAAAAAAAAAAAAAAGAAAA